GACCGUUAGCAAAACUCGCCGCGCGACGAAGAGAAACAGUUCGCCUGCCGACGGAGUCACUCAUUUAGUUUUUUCCAUUCGGUGAUUUUCAGAGGAAGUGCGCGCGUUGUGUUUGUUGUCAGCGACCCGCAAAGUGAAGCUACCCCCCCAAUAUACGCACGUCGUUUGCAGAGAUCCUACGAGUGCAAUCUCGAAGUGAUUUCGAAGCCGCAUCAAAACAUCGGAUUCGACAAGGCAACGAGCGUAAAAAAAAUAACAAAAUCUUGGGAGAUCGACACUGGCAAGGAAGAGCAUCAGUAGUUGGUAGUUCGAGACGUGAUCGAGUCUUAAAUUUAAAAAACAAGAAGAGAUCCGAGAUAUUUCUGGACCACGUCGCCGUGAUCCGAUUGCGAGAUCAAGAGUGCGAAAAAAGAGUGCAUCGAGAGUGCGACCUGAGAAAGUGUCUACAGCUGUCGAGGGAGCAAGCAGAUACGACACACGCGGAGGUCAGGAGUUUGGAAUAUCGAGUGGUCUCGGUGCGUCGCUCCAGUGUUUUCGUUUUACCUGACCCAUCCUCCCUCCGAGAGACGGAGGGUGGUAAAGCAUCGAUCGCACGCCAUUUUGCGCGACGGCCGACAUCUUUUGCGCGUAUCGACGACAUCUUGCCGCGUGAUAUCUUCGGCGAUACGGAAGAUACAGAGACUGUGCAUCUGUGAGGACCUAACGUUAAGUGAAAGGAACAAAAUAUAAACUCGCGUGUCUCUAUUUCUCCGAGUACGUCUCGUGUUUGUUCACUCGUUAGUCAUUGUCGAGAACCGCCAUAUUUUUUUUGACGCUCUCCCCCAGCGGAGAGGUUAUCGCGAAAUUUUGCUUAGUCCAAUAAGAAGAUACAAGAAGUUUGGCAGAGAAAAGGGAAACACGUUCCACAGCGCGGGAAGAAGGAAUAGUAGUGUCCUUCAAGUCGAAAGCAGAAAUCAGCAGGCUGGGAGGUCGGUUGAGCGAGGUGGUGGGUCCCGUCGUGGAGGAGGCCAUUGAGCCAGGGGAUGCGACCCCGCUGACGGGACCCCCGAGGGAGUCCUCGGUUCCUCGAGUACCCCCGCCACCGCCGCGACGUGUCACUACACCGAGUCCGCCAAGACCACCGCCCGCCACGUCCCAUAAUCCGGGACAUCAGUCCCACAAUCCCGGGCAUCGUAACUCGAACCACUCGCCCCAUAACCCGGGCAAUCCCGGUCAUAACCCCGGUCAUAACCCAGGUCACAACCCAGGUCACAACCCAGGUCAUAACCCAGGCCACAACUCAGGUCACAAUCCAGGCCACAACCCGGGCCACAAUCCGGGGCACAAUCCGGGGCACAACCCGGGACACAACCCGGGACACAACCCCGGUCACAAUCCUGGUCACAAUCCCGGAAAUCCGGGAAAUCACCAGAACCCCGGCGGCCAGCCGACUCAAAAUCCCGGCAAUCCAAAUAGUCCGGGACGGGAGAACGUGAGUCGCCAAUCGCAAAAUCCAACUCAUCCGACACAAAGCGGACGGGAACAACCCCAACAGCAGCAGCAGCAGCAGCAGCAACAGCAACAACAGCAACAAGCUCAACUGCAACAUCCGCAUCUGGAACAGCGUAGCCACAGCAUGGGGACUGUAUUAUCGUUUAGUCCGCGGGAUCGCCGUUACCCGGCGGCGGGACAUCAGCAUUCCGUGGACUUUACGCUGAACAAUUUCAAUUACGAACAGCUAAACAACGCGAAGAAUCGCGAGAACAAGAGCAGCGUUGCCACAGUGGCGCCGGCGCCACCCACGAAUCAUCCACCGACCAAUAACAACUCGCUGCAGAACAAUAACAUUAAUCUAAACAACAACGACAACGCAAGAAUCAUUUCGGAGAAGAACGCCCUGGAGAAGAAUCUCAAGAAACACUCGCUGUUUAUAAAUGCCCUGUCGUGGAAGCGGUUCAGUACAACGAACAACAACAAGAAAAAACUCGACAACAAGAACAAAAACAUUUCCUUCAGGCAGCCACUCGAUAAUAUACCUAUCGUUGAUAAGAAUAAAAAUAUACAAACGCCGCAGACAAAGCCACCGGCGUCGAACAAUAAUCAUACCACGCACAAUCCGACGUGUGAGAAAUUGGUGCAGAAGCCUCUGCCUCCUGGACCAAGAAAAACCGUCAUCCAGGCCUCCACCUCGGAAUUGCUCAAGUGCCUCGGUGUCUUCCUGCACAGGAAAUGCACCCGCUUAAGGGACUUCCAGGCCGGCGACGCUGUUAUGUGGCUCAGAACUGUCGACAGAAAUCUCCUGCUUCAAGGUUGGCAGGACGUACCCUUCAUAAACCCUGCCAACGUAGUGUUCGUGUACAUGCUGGUGAAAGAGCUCGUCGACGGGGACGAAGCGUCCGAGAAAGAGCUUCAGGCGACGGUGCUGACAUGCCUUUAUCUGAGCUACAGCUACAUGGGCAACGAGAUCAGCUACCCGUUAAAGCCGUUCCUCAUCGAAGACAGCAAGGACAAGUUCUGGGACCGAUGCCUCCUGAUCGUCAACCGACUCAGCUCUGAGAUGCUGCGAAUCAACAGCGAGCCCGGAUUCUUCACGGAGAUCUUCUCCGAACUGAAGGCCUGCGGUGCCGGCGAGCGCGGAAGUCUGUCUGGUAACGGCCUCGAACGGAGCCUCGUCGUCUCCGGAGUCGCGGUACCCACCAAGGCAGCUUGACGGAGCUACACACACCUGCUGGUACGC